AGGAAGAACCGAGAGAUUCGGUUACCUACGCUCUCUUCAUUUCGCUGUUUUCACUCGUUCUUUCGCAAGUCUGGAUUUACGUUCGUGCCUUUUUACUUUCACGCUCCCCUCGGUUUUCCGGGCGGUCAACUACUCAGUGCUUUCGUCCGACUCACCCCUCCAUGCUCCGAAAACUAUGAGUAAAGCUCUGCGUGGUUUUGUCAGGUCAUGUAAGCUGCAAGAGCGGGAGCUCGACACGGCGACUCGGAAGGCGCGGCUCACCCUCAGCGCGGCCGUAACUCCGCGACCGGCUCUGUCGGCUCAGUCUGUUCUCAGUGUCCGCGGAACCAUGUCUUCCAACUCCGACCGUCUCGGACAGUGGGCCCUCGGCCAGGGCCCCUCCACCUCCGGCUCCACCCUGGCCCCCAACCUCAUCCGCGGCAUCGACCACAUGCGGGACUCACGCCUCAACAAGGGCAUGGCCUUCACCCUAGAGGAGAGGCAGGCUCUUGGAAUCCACGGCCUCAUCCCACCUAGAUUCAAGACCCAAGAGGAACAAUUAGAGCUUUGCAAACUCAGCGUGGAAAGGUAUGACGACCCGCUCAACAAGUACAUCUACCUGAUGGGUCUCCAGGACCGAAACGAGCGGCUUUUCUACCGAUUCCUGUCGGAAAAUGUGGAGCAGAUGAUGCCGAUAGUGUAUACUCCCACUGUGGGACUUGCCUGCCAGAAAUACGGUCUCAUCUACCGCAAACCGCGGGGUCUCUUCAUCACCAUCCACGAUAAAGGCCACGUCUACGAAAUCCUUCGUAACUGGCCAGAAAACGAUGUGAGAGCAAUAGUGGUAACAGAUGGAGAACGUAUUUUGGGACUUGGUGAUCUGGGUGCCUACGGUAUGGGAAUCCCAGUAGGUAAACUGGCGCUGUACACUGCCUUAGCCAACAUCAAACCAUCACAGUGUCUGCCCAUCACACUGGACGUCGGUACGAAUACUCAACAGCUGCUUGAUGACCCUCUCUACAUUGGUCUUAGGCACAAGCGAGUAACUGGACAGGAAUACGAUGACUUCAUCGAUGAAUUUAUGCAGGCUGCUGUCAAGAGAUACGGACAGAAUUGUCUCAUCCAGUUCGAAGAUUUUGGAAAUCACAACGCCUUCAGAUUCUUAGACAAAUACCGUGAUAAAUAUUGUACAUUUAAUGAUGAUAUUCAAGGAACAGCAUCAGUAGCAGUUGCUGGUUUACUAGCAUCUCUAAGGAUCACGAAAACUAGGCUUUCGGAUAAUGUUAUUCUUUUCCAAGGAGCUGGAGAAGCCUCAUUAGGAAUUGCAGAAUUGUGUGUGAUGGCCAUGCAAAAAGAAGGCACCUCUGUACAAGAUGCUCGUGAUAAGAUUUGGCUGGUAGACUCCAAGGGUUUGAUUGUUAAAGAUCGACCAGAAGGAGGUGUCACUGGACACAAGACGCGUUAUGCCAAGAAUCAUCCUCCUGUCAAGACCUUAGGAGAGGUUGUAAAAAAAAUUAAACCAUCUGUGAUCAUUGGUGCCGCAGCAAUUGGUGGUGCUUUCACCCCUGAAAUUUUGAAGGACAUGGGAACCUUCAAUAAGCGUCCAGUUAUUUUUGCUCUCAGUAAUCCAACCAGUAAAGCUGAGUGCACCGCUGAACAAGCAUACACAUAUACUGAUGGCAAAGCCGUCUUUGCUAGUGGAUCACCAUUUGACCCUGUCACAUACAAAGGUCAAAAGUUUGUCCCAGGACAAGGAAAUAACUCAUACAUUUUCCCUGGUGUAGCGCUUGGUACAAUUUGCGCUGGAAUUAGACACAUUUCUGAUGAAAUCUUCCUCAUUGCUGCUCAGUGUCUUGCUGCUUUAGUAACAGAUCAUGACCUUGAAAUUGGAAGCCUGUACCCUCCGCUAGAGACCAUUCAAUCGUGUUCAUUGAAAAUUGCUGUAAGGAUCGCUGACUUUGCUUAUGAGAAAGGAAUUGCUGCCACAUACCCAGAGCCUGAAGAUAAGGAAGAAUUCGUCAAAUCGAAACUGUAUGAUUAUUCCUACAGUUCCUCUGUACUGCCAGUAAAGUACAGUUGGCCACAGAACGCUAUCAACUGACUAUGCAAGCUGUGAAACUAAUGUCCUCUCAAAAAAGUGUUCAACUCGUUUCCUCUUUGUUGUACAUAAUCGAAGAUUCCAAUGGCAUGUUGAAGGGUUGCAUUUAGGUACCUAAUUGUGUUUCCGAAGCCUUUUAAUGCAUCGGUUUUUACAUUUCCAUAAUCUUUUGUAUUUUAAAAAUGAUGCUUCUCUUAAUUAAAUAUAAGUUAUUCCACCAUACUCUUCUUAAUAUCUAUUAAUGAAUAUAUAUAAAAAAAAAAAAAAAUACCGUAAAUCUUUUUCUCCCAAUGUUUUUGAGUAUUCCAGUCAGAUCUUAAACUGGGCUGAAUGGUUAGCUGUUUCGUUUUACUUUCCCUGUAAGAGGAUAUUGUCCUUUGAUAUUUUUUGAGCCUCGAACAAAUUCAGUUCAGUAGGACUAUUUAUCAUUUCAUUUAUUUAUUAAUUUACCUACUCAUUCAUUACAUAAUCUAACUCCCGGAGUUUCUUCAUGGGCCAGCCUAGAGGGCUCCUACAAUUUUUAUUUAAAUUUUUUUUGAAAUCGACAUGUAUUUUAACCUUUCAAGAGCUGAAGCCAGUAAAGAUAAGGCUUUCAAUAGAUUCAUUGAAAAGUUAAGAUGAAAUAUUUUUCCAAGCUUAACGUUACAGAUUUUUACAUGUGAUUUUUUAAAUGGCUGUGUCAGUUUCAGGAACGCUAAACUUGACUCAUUUUGUUGUUCUUUUUAAAGUAAAUAUCAGCAUUAAAGAAAAAUGGAGCUCCUUGUAUCUAUGUUGGUUUUGUCCCUCAAAUACUUAAUAAGUGUUUCACUUUAACCUUUUUUUGCUUCAAUUGUUUUUCCUUUCAUUUUUAAUUCAUUGUAAUCAUCUUAUUUUUUUGAACUGUUUUUGGAAAGUUUUGUUUUUGUUAUUCAAUUAUUCUGUUAUCUUUUUUUUUAUGUAUCUACCGUAAUAAAAUUACUUCAUGCUCUAA